AUUUAAUAUUUAUAAUAAUAACUUGUAUCAAAAACCUCAUCAUCAUCAUCAUCAAAAUCAAUCCUCUCACAAUUUGUCGAUCUAAAAUCUUAUCAAUUAUUAUAAUUUAUAGUAGCUCCAAUCAUCAUGUCUCAGGUCAAUGAGAAAGAUGCUGCUGCUGCUGCAGUCAAACCUGAAGAGAAAUCUACUGACGAAAAGGCUGAUUCUGUCACAAAGAAAACUUCCUCAGAAUCAAGCUCCUCAGAUAUACCUGCUAUGCCGACCAUGCCUGGAGCUGGCGCCGGAUUCCCUGGAAAUCCUUUUGACUUUUCAUCUAUGGCUGGUCUACUUAAUGAUCCAAGCAUUAAGGAGUUAGCUGAGCAAAUAGCAAAAGAUCCCUCGUUCAAUCAAAUGGCUGAGCAACUUCAGCAAACUUUUCACGGUGCUGAUGAAGGAAUUCCCCAGUUCGAUACACAACAGUAUUAUUCCACCAUGCAGCAAGUGAUGCAAAAUCCUCAAUUCAUGAACAUGGCUGAGCGCCUUGGUAGUGCCAUGAUGCAGGAUCCAUCGAUGUCUCAGAUGCUUGAGAGUUUAUCGAAUCCAGCUCAAAAGGAUCAGCUUGAAGAAAGGAUGGCCCGUAUCAAAGAGGAUCCAGCCCUGAAACCUAUUUUAGAAGAGAUAGAAUCUGGAGGUCCAACAGCUAUGAUGAGGUACUGGAAUGAUCAAGAUGUUCUAAAGAAACUGGGUGAAGCAAUGGGUCUUGCAGUCACUGAAGAUGGUACUGGAACAGCUUCGGCUGGAAAUCCAGUAGCAGAUGAAGCUGAAGAGGAAGGAAAUGAGGACGAGUCUAUUGUACAUCAGACAGCUAGUGUUGGUGAUGUUGAGGGACUGAAGAAGGCGUUAGAGUCUGGCGCUGAUAAAGAUGAAGAAGAUGCAGAGGGAAGGACAGCAUUACAUUUUGCUUGUGGAUAUGGGGAGAUGAAAUGUGCUCAAGUACUUCUUGAGGCUGGAGCAAAGGUGGAUGCAUUAGAUAAGAACAAGAACACAGCUCUUCAUUAUGCAGCUGGUUAUGGAAGAAAAGAAUGUGUAGCUCUCUUGCUUGAUAAUGGCGCAGCAGUAACCUUGCAAAACAUGGAUGGAAAAACACCUAUCGAUGUUGCGAAACUCAACAACCAAAAUGACGUAUUGAAGCUGCUCGAGAAGGAUGCUUUUCUAUAAGUUGACCAUCUGUUGGUGAAUGUACACUUGCAAUGUCUUUUUUUACAAAAAAUUAAGAGUUUUAAUGUUUGUGUUGAACCCACUGAUUUUUCAGGAGUGCUAUACGUUGGUUGAUUUUAUCA